AUGUCCGAUAGGAUAAGCUCUCUGCCGUUGGAGAUCGUCCUCCACAUUCUCUCGUACCUUCCUUUCAAGUCAUUGCUAGCCUUUGGGGAGACUUGUCAUACCAACUUCGAGUCACAUACUCUGUGCCUCAGUUGUCUACGGCUCGGUGUCUUUGAGAAGCGCUCCCAUGCAGCUAUCUCCUUACUUCGAGCUGGAUGGUUGACGCCAGAGCAGAUGCUAGCCGGUCCGGUUGAUAAAGUUCGGGGCGAUACUUAUAAGAUAUCUAUCAUUCAACCGACUGCGGGCCAGACAGCCCCGCCUUUAAUUUGCAAAACCCCGUUGAGGACCAAGGACAUCAUGGACCACAAGAAACGAAUACGAGUUGCACAGGAGGCAGGCCGGCCUCAUGAGCAUACAGUCCGCGAACAGAACAGAAUCUUCGCGCAGGUGGUCAACCGAUAUGGCCAAGGGCUGCGCAAACUCGAAUUCAUGGCAUAUGACCUUGACAAUACUGGCGCAACGGCUCUAGCCACUAACUGUCAAUAUAUACUGACUCAUCUUGCGCUACGGUUCGAUCAUUCACACAUUCGUGAUGGGUCCAUGCGACCAGGUGCUUGGUCGAGUCCCGCGCCGGGGGGCACCGCGUGGAACUCUCUGAUUGGUAUCGGGCAACUCAAGCAUAUGGGUCCCUGCGCCUUGCAGAGCUUAGUUCUGGAGCGAGCAGGUAUCACUCCUUGGCAAUUGAUGAUGUUGGUCAAGCGAAAUCCGAGAUUGAAAGUACUGAAGUUGAGGACGUGCCGUGGCGUUCAACAAGAGUUUCUGGAUUGGCUAGGUGGUAUUGAAAGUGAGCUCGAUGAGUCAAAUAUGGACGAUGACAACCCAGCCCCAGGCGCGAAGUUGGAAGUACUCUGGCUAGAGAAUUGUCAUAAUAUACUCUUAUAUCCUGUUGAGUAUCCUUAUUUGCCCGAUGGGGUCUGCGACCUGGGUCUUGAGUGGGUGAGGCGGUUGAACAGCUUACAGUCGCUUUCAUUUAGUGAAAGUAGCAACCUGCCUCCCGAGUUCAUCAAAAGAGCAAAUGACACGUUAUGGCGGAUCCCGGAGGUGAUCCUACCCUUCACAUCAAAUGGGGAAAAGGCUCUCAUCGAAGUUGAUCCACUGUCUACAUAG